AUGGAGAAAAAAGACGAUCAAUUUGAAGAAUUUUUCAAAACAUUGCCACAAAAGCAUGCAUGCGGCAGUUUGUUUGCACAAUACAAAGGCUUCUGGUUUGAUGGAGCAUUUCUUCAUGGCGUAAUAACUUUCUAUAACCACUUUGAAGCGCAUAAUUCAGACAUCAUCUUGGCCACCAUCCCUAAAGCAGGUACUACAUGGCUUAAAGCCCUAACUUUCAGCAUUGUUAAUAGAAAAAAAUAUUCAAUUCCCGAUAGCCCUUUGCUCUUCAAUAACCCUCAUCUGCUUGUCCCUUUCCUGGAAGCCAGUCUAUACAACAAGGGAAAAGUUCCCAAUGUGAAAUCUAUCCCUAGCCCACGAAUUUUCGCCACUCAUAUACCCCUCCAAUGCCUUCCAAACACAAUUUUAGGUAAUUCUAGUUGUCGGAUUAUCUAUCUUUGUAGAAACCCCUUGGACCUAUUUACCUCCUCCAUACAUUUCUUGAUACAAAAUGGUUUGUUUCCUCAAGAGCCAGAAUCCAUGGAUGGAGCUUUUGAGUCAUUUUGCGAGGGAAUAUUUCAAUAUGGUCCAUUUUGGGAUCAUAUGUUGGGAUAUUGGGAAGCAAGCAUAAAGGAUUCUAAUAAGGUUUUGUUCUUGAAAUAUGAAGAUCUUAAAAGGGACAUCAAUUCUUUUGUGAAGAAAAUUGCUGAGUUCAUGGGAUAUGGUUUUUCACAACUAGAAGAGGAUGAAGGAAUGGUGGAACAAGUAGCAAAGCUUUGCAGCCUUGAAACUUUAAAGUACUUGGAUUGUAACAAUAAAGGGGGGUCAUCACAUUCGGUUAUUAAAGUUGCAUUUAGAUCAUUUUUCAGGAAGGGAAAAGUUGGAGAUUGGGCAAAUUUUCUUACUCCUACCAUGGCUAAACGCCUUGAAGAUUUGAUGAAAGAAAAGUUUAAAGAUACUGGUCUAACUCUAACCAUCCAUGACUAA